GCCUGCGUGAGAGGAAGUGUGGCUUUCCUGCCAGGGGAGGGUCCUGGAUUAACUCAACGCUGUCUGCCUUCAUACCACACACUCAGCUGAUAACUGCUGCCGAAGGAUAUACUGUAGCCAGACUGGCUGCACAGCGAGAAGGCUGCUGUGGUUUAUGUUGGCAUACUGCAGUGGAGAGCGAGCGAAGGAGAUUGUUUUCUGUUUGUGUGUGGUGGAGGGGAGGAGGGGAAAAGGACGCCAAUUUAACCAGAGCUGGUUUUGUUGCUGUAAGCAGAGAAAAACAGACUUAACAAAAGGCAGAGAAAGAGAAAACGAUCUUGUGUCAGGCUAAAUGGCCUGAUGGGAGAGAUGUACAAGGUUUAACGCAGAAUGUCCAUUGGAGCGAGGCACCCAGAGGCCGAGACAGGAUUUGUUCCGAGUGUUCAAGACUUUGACAAGAAGCUAGCUGAAGCUGACGCCUACCUACAGAUUCUGAUCGACCAGUUAAAGCUGUUUGAUGAGAAGAUCAAGGACUGCAAAGAGGAUGAAUCACGCAGAAAAAUUGAAAAUUUGAAGGAGACUACUUGUAGCAUGGUAGAGUCCAUCAAGCACUGUAUUGUACUGCUGCAAAUCGCCAAGGACCAAAGUAACGAACAGCAACACGCAAACGGACUUAUAAGCACCAUCAACCCAGUGGAUGGGAUCUACCAGCCCCCUCUGGACACCCCCGUAGACAACACCACGAUGCCAACACAGACCACACUACCCACAGACGCUUCUCAGGUGUGUAAAUCCGACCAACGACCCUCCACGUUAUCCGUUGGUCCCGUUGUCACGGUGAUGGGAAGUCUGCAGACCCCAACUCCCAACAGCACAGGGAGUGGCCCGUCUGGCCCCAGCAGUGGCAUCUCCUCCCCGGCUCACAUGCCCCUCCCCUCACACUCGGUGCCGGACUUCUCCUAUUCCUCGAGUGAGGAUGAGUUCUACGAUGCUGACGAGUUCUACCAGAGCACCACUUCCCCCAAACACUGCAUAGAUCCCUCAGGGCCCGCGGCUGCCUCAUCCCUCACUAAUGAGGUAACAGGUUUGAAACGACCAGACACAAACGAGUCCCUCAACUCGUCCAUGUCCAACGGCACCACAGAUGCAGACCCGUUUGAUAGCCACGAUGACCGUGAUGAUGACGGCGAAGGUGAGUCUGUGGAGGAGCACAAGAGCGUCAUCAUGCAUCUUCUCUCUCAAGUUCGUUUGGGCAUGGACCUCACUAAGGUGGUCCUGCCUACCUUCAUCCUAGAAAGGAGGUCUUUGUUAGAAAUGUACGCAGACUUCUUUGCACAUCCUGACUUAUUUGUAAGUAUCGCUGAGCAGCCGGAGCCCCGGGAGCGCAUGGUGCAUGUGGUAAAGUGGUACCUGUCAGCUUUCCAUGCAGGGAGGAAAGGUUCAGUGGCCAAGAAACCUUACAACCCAAUCCUGGGAGAAGUCUUCUACUGCCACUGGGAUCUACCCAGCGAAACCGAGGAGCCUCCCCCCCAAACGGAGACGGUAUCGGACGGUCCAGUUCCAUGGUCCUCAGCAAACAGUGUGCAGUUUGUGGCAGAGCAGGUCUCUCACCACCCACCCAUUUCUGCAUUCUAUGCAGAGUGUUUAAGUAAGAAGAUCCAGUUCAACGCUCAUAUCUGGACUAAGUCUAAAUUCUUAGGCAUGUCCAUAGGUGUCCACAAUAUUGGCCAAGGUUGUGUGUCUUGUUUGGAGCACGAUGAACACUACAUCCUCACCUUCCCUAACGGAUAUGGCAGGUCGAUUCUGACUGUGCCGUGGGUGGAGCUGGGUGGGGAGUGCAACAUCUCCUGCUCCAAGUCGGGCUAUAGUGCUAACAUCGUGUUCCACACCAAACCCUUCUACGGUGGAAAGAAGCACAGGAUCACCGCUGAGAUUUUUCCACCUAAUGAUAAGAAGUCUUUCUGCUCCAUUGAAGGAGAAUGGAACGGAGUGAUGUAUGCCAAGUGGGCAACUGGAGAGAACACAGUGUUCAUAGACACUAAGAGGAUAGGCAUCGUUAAGAAGAAAGUGAGAAAGCUGGAAGACCAGCUCGACUACGAGUCCCGAAGAUUGUGGAGAGAUGUGACAUUGAACCUGAAGCUGAAAGACAUUGAUGCAGCAACAGAUGCCAAACAUCGGCUGGAGGAGAAACAAAGGGGCGAAGCCAGAGAGAGGAAGGAGAACGAGCAGCAAUGGGAGACCAGGCUAUUCCAUGAGGACGGGGAGUGCUGGGUCUACGAUGAGCCUCUAUUAAAGAGAUUAGCCUCUCAGAGGCACUGAGAACAAUGUGCACACUCUGAUACACGCACAUACAUACAUAUGCAUAAAGAAAUGCACACACAACAGAGUCUUCAUAAGAACUCUUUUGCAAAACCACUUCUUUUCCAAGCCUUGGAAUGACUGAUGAUUGAACAUGUACACAGCUUUGCAUUUGACUGUAAAAUAACAAUAUGGAAAUGAAUGAAAUCCAAUGGAAAAGCAUCUAAGAUGUAACAUGAAAAUUAGUAAAGCUCCUCUCCUUAUUUGGGCAAUGUCACUUCCACCGAUACACACCACCCGCCACCAUGAGACUCGGCAGCGCAAAGUGGAGACGGGAGGGUCGACGCGUCUCGUCUCACAACUGUGUCCGUCAAUUUCACGACCGCACCCUUCAUCAGCUCCACAGGACGAGCCAGAGCAGCACUCGUUUCCCUACACAAACGGUUUUUAAUGGGGUAGGGGGGGGUAGCAAGGGGUGUGUGGUUGAUGGUGUUCAAAUCAAAUAAAUAAAUAAAAACGGCGCUCUACAUCUCAGGGAAUCUGGUGACUGAGGAAUGAAAGCUGCUGCCCCCUCCGAGAGUCUGACAGCCUUAUAACGGUGGAAUGGAUGAAUCUUAAAGCGGCGGAGGAGGAAUUCUCCGCUUGCCUGCAACUAGUUGUAACUGUUGUUUAUAUACAUAUGAUGGAUAUAUAAAUAUAUAUUCUUUUUUAUUUUAAAUGCUCUUGUUUUUCUUUCUGGCAAUAGUGUAAAAUAUUUGAGAAUAUAAACUUGAUGGCUUUACAUCUUUAGGAAUCAUUCCAUUCACCCUUUUGAGGUUUUGUUCCCAUUUAAAAUUAACUUUGUGACUCUUUUUGUUUUUGGCUCAAGUGUUAACCAGACAACGCUCUAAAUAAGCCAUCUGAACAACCUGAUUGGGAGAGUCAUGAUAGUUAUGGAAUAUAUGCAAUAUAGAGAUGUGGGUGUCGAUUAUGCCAAAAAGGUUUAGAUAAAAGGCUCAAGGGGUGUUGAUCUGGACAGAGAACAAUCAAUCCUCUAGAAAUGUUUCCAUGUUACCUGAAGGCAUUUAUGAACAAAUGAUUGUUUACAUAUUUUUGUCUUUAUAAAUCACUGGUCCAUGAUGAGGAUGUGAGACUAGCUCUGAGUCUGCAAAGUCUCCCUUUUGUUCCACACAUCACCUGUUUCAUCUCCAAACACACAGAUGUCGAAGUGGACUCCUGGAUGGUAAACUCUUGUCUGAAAACGAUGAGCCAGAGUAGACUUUUGAAACUGCUGCUGUUUCAUAGUGCUGCUAGAGUCCAGACUGUGUGCUACCGGGUUCAGUUUUCUUGUAAACUGCGUGUGAUUUUUGUCCAGUGUUUUUCAAGAUGGCAACCACAUAGAGGGCAAUAUUUAUCCUACUGUACACCUCUGCUUUUUUGAACCAUCAUUCAUUCUCUUAUUUACAGCUACAUAGUUUGAUCUGAAUGCAAUGAUAUUUGGAUGAAAUGGAAAAAUAAAGAUUUUACCUGAAAAUGCCCAAGAAUAUCAGUUAA